AUGUGUGGAAUUUUCGCCUGCCAUUGCCAUCCCGGCGUCCAGAGAUUUAAGCCGACUGCUCUUCGGCUUGCUAAGCAAAUCCGCCACCGAGGUCCCGAUUGGAGCGGAAACAUCAUCUCCAACAACACAAUCCUUUGCCAUGAGCGUCUGAGUAUUGUCGGUGUUGAGUCUGGUGCUCAGCCCCUGACCAACGAAGACGAGUCACUUGUUCUCGCUGUGAACGGUGAAAUCUACAACCACCGUCUGGUUCGAAAGCACUUGAAACAUGUCUACCACUUCAAGACUACAUCUGACUGCGAAGUCAUUAUUCCCUUGUACAUGGAAUAUGACAUCGAUGCCCCCAACCACCUGGACGGCAUGUUCUCCUUCGUCCUAUAUGACAAGAAGCAAGACCGAACUAUUGCUGCCCGUGAUCCUAUCGGCAUCACCACCCUGUACCAGGGUUGGUCUUGGAAGGAGCCCGGAACCGUCUACUUCGCCUCCGAGCUGAAAUGUCUGCACACCGUCUGCGACAAGAUCGUUCCAUUCCCUCCUGGCCACGUCUUCGACUCAAAAACUGGCCAGACCACUCGCUACUUCAAACCCACGUGGUGGGAUCCCACCAAGGUCCCUUCAACACCUGUCGACUUGAAGGUGCUUCGUCAUGCUUUGGAGAAGUCUGUUAGAAAGAGACUUAUGGCUGAGGUUCCGUAUGGUGUGUUGCUCUCUGGUGGGUUGGACUCUAGUCUGGUUGCUGCAAUUGCCCAGCGCGAGACUCUGCGCCUUAAGCAGAAGGCUCUGGAGAAGAACGGAGGCGCUGAGCCCAUGGGCAACGGCAACCCUGAUCUUGGCGACGGCCUUGUUGGUAUCGACGACGACGACAACCUCUCCACCGUCACCUACCUUCCUCAACUUAACUCGUUCUCCAUUGGUCUGCCCGGCUCGCCAGACAACAAGGCCGCGCUCGAAGUUGCCAAGUUCCUCGGCACCAAGCACCACGUCAUGACCUUCACUAUCGAAGACGGUCUCAACGCCCUUUCAGAUGUCAUUUACCACCUCGAGACCUACGAUGUCACCACUAUUCGUGCCUCUACACCCAUGUAUCUGCUCUCCCGCAAGAUCAAGGCUAUGGGCAUCAAGAUGGUGUUGAGUGGCGAGGGCAGUGACGAAAUCUUUGGUGGCUACCUGUAUUUCCACGCUGCCCCUGACAAGAAGGCUUUCCACGAAGAGACAGUCCGCCGUGUCAAGAACCUGCACUAUGCCGACUGCCUGCGAGCCAACAAGUCUACUGCCGCCUGGGGCUUGGAAGCUCGAGUUCCCUUCCUUGACAAGGAGUUCCUCGAGACUUCCAUGAACAUCGACCCCCAGGACAAGAUGAUCACCAAGGACCGUAUGGAGAAGUACAUUCUCCGUAAGGCCUUUGACACCUCUGAUGAGCCCGAAACCGCUCCUUACCUGCCUGAAAACAUUCUCUGGCGCCAGAAGGAGCAAUUCUCCGACGGUGUCGGCUACGGCUGGAUUGAUGCCCUCAAGGACAACGCCGAGCUGCAUGUUACCGACGAGAUGAUGAAGAACCCCAAGACCGAAUGGGGUACCGAUAUCCCGGACACAAAGGAAGCUUACUGGUACCGUCUGAUGUUUGACGAGCAUUUCCCUCCCUCGUGCGCAUCGACUGUUCUGCGCUGGACGCCGACAUGGUCUAAGCAGAGCGACCCCAGUGGAAGAGCCAUUUCCACACACAACGCCAAGUAUGACAACGCUGUAUAA